AUGAUAACAUUAAAAGAAGCCAUAUCCAAUGUUUUCACCAAUUUGAAUAAUGAUCAAAAGAAGGAAAUAAUGAACGUAUUAGUUCACAUUCUUCAAAAAAUAAUAGAAAAUCCUUCCAGAGCAAAAUUUAGAUCUUUAAAAAAAGACAAUAAAACUUUUAUAAAUAAGCAUGAGGAAAAAUGGUUUUUCCCCGUUUCAAAAGACGACACAUUGGCAAGAAAUCUUAACGAAUUACAAAACUACAUGGAAGAUAAUGUAUACACAAUAUACAACAGCUCAGAGUCAAUUUUUGAACCAAGUGAAUCAAAAUCCUUCAGUGAUUUAAAAAAUUCUUUGAAUAUUAAUAAUAUUUCAGAACUGAAUAAAAACGACGAAAUGGAAAAAGAUAAUUCGAAUGGUCUAAAACUGGGAGGUCUCUCAAAAAGAAGAUUAGAAAAGGAAAGAAUUGAAUUGUUAAAUGAAAAUGAAAAUACAAUUAAACUAAUACAAGAAUAUGCAGAUAAAUGGAUAAUUCAAAUAAAAGGUGCGGAAAACACUUUAUAUUCAAAUGAAACAUUCAAAAUGCAGUUUAAGUUUACAGAAAAAUAUCCUAUAGAAAGUCCCGAAGUUGUAUUUAUUGGAGAGCCCCCAAUUCAUCCGCACAUUUACAGUAAUGGUCAUAUAUGUCUAUCCAUUUUAUAUGACCAUUGGUCCCCAGUUCUGUCCGUUAAUUCUAUAUGUCUUUCCAUAAUAUCUAUGUUAUCUAGUUGUACAAAGAAAAGAAAACCAAUUGAUGAUAUGCUUUACUGUUCUGCUGGACCAAAAGUUUCUCCUAAACUUAUGAAGUGGAUGUUUCACGAUGAUAAAGUAUAA